UGCUACAGGGUGAAAUGGAGCAGAAAGGAGUUAAGCUGGACUGUGGUGCUUUCUGCUGUUCAGUCUGUCUGGAUGUAAUGAAGGAUCCGGUGAAUAUUCCCUGUGGACACAGCUACUGCAUCAGCUGUAUUAAAAGCUUCUGGGAUGAAGAGGAUCAGAAGAAAAUCCACAGCUGUCCUCAGUGUAGGCAGACCUUCACACCGAGGCCUGUCCUGGUGACAGUCUCAGCUGCAGCAGAAAGGACUGAGAGGCAGAGAGAGCUCCAGCUGAGUCGACAACAAAUCCAGGAGAGAAUCCAGGACAGAGAGAAAGAUGUGAAGGUGCUUCGACAGGAAGUGGAGGCCAUCAAUGGCUCUGCUGAUAAAGCAGUGGAGGACAGUGAGAAGAUCUUCACUGAGCUGAUCCGUCUCAUGGAGAAAAGAAGCUCUGAUGUGAAGCAGCAGAUCAGAUCCCAGCAGAAAACUGAAGUGAGUCGAGUCAAAGAGCUUCAGGAGAAGCUGGAGCAGGAGAUCACUGAGCUGAAGAGGAAAGACGCUGAGCUGAUGCAGCUCUCACACACAGAGGAUCACACCCAGUUUCUACACAGCUACCCCUCACAGUCACUCAGUGAAUCUACAGACUCAUCCAGCAUCAAUAUCCGUCCUCUGAGCUACUUUGAGGAUGUGACAGCAGCUGUGUCACAGCUCAGAGAUAAACUACAGGACAUUCUGAGAGACACAUGGACAAACAUCUCACUGACAGUGACUGAAGUGGAUGUUUCACUGUCACAACCAGAGCCCAGGACCAGAGCUGGAUUUUUAAAAUAUUCACAGGAAAUCACACUGGAUCCAAACACAGCAAAUACAAAUCUGUUAUUAUCUGAGGGAAACAGAAAAGCAACAUUAAUAAAAAAAGAAGAGUCUUAUUCUAGUCACCCAGACAGAUUCAUUAGGUGGUGCCAAGUUCUGAGUAGAGAGAGUUUGACUGGACGUUGUUACUGGGAGGUGGAGUGGAGAGGAGAAGGAGUUGAUGUAGCAGUUGCAUACAAGAGUAUCAGCAGAACAAGGAGCUCAAGUGAAUCUGGAUUUGGACACAAUGACAAAUCUUGGGCGUUAAAUUGCAACCAAAAUGGUUAUAGAUUCUUCUACAACAAAAUCAAAACUCCAGUCUCAGGUCCUCAGUCCUCCAGAGUAGGAGUGUACCUGGAUCACAGAGCAGGUGUUCUGUCCUUCUACAGCGUCUCUGAAACCAUGACUCUCCUCCACAGAGUCCAGACCACAUUCACUCAGCCUCUCUAUGCUGGACUUUGGGUUCCUUGGUAUAAUGGAGACACAGCUGAGUUGUGUAAACUCAAAUAGAUGAAGGUCAUUUAAGGUGCAGUUGGUUCAAAUCUGUAUUUUAAUUCAUCGGUUUAUUUUGUCUCCAUCAUUGUUGCUAAAAGCUCAUUGCUGUCGUGUUUCUGCACUGCACAGAGAUCACCUGUCAAUCAAACAUUAUGGGUGGUACUUUGACCUCUUCUCAUCUAUUGUUGUGUUGAUGUUUGAGUUUCUUUAGGUGGAGCUGGAGCCAUGGAGGAUAUCACUGCUCAGGAUGAUUUUUCUUUACCUAAACUGACGUUUCUCCACAUGAAAAUAUAAACUUCUCUGUGCUCUGAAUGUUUGUUGAAUAUUUGUGUUGAUGUAUUUGUAUGUUGUUGUUUCUCUUCCACUGCAUGGGCCUUAACAGAGAAAUCACCAGACCUUCCUUUAUCACAGAUAUUUUGUUCUCACUUGAAGAAUUAAAUCUAUAAUUACAUUUAAAUUUAUGUGUUUGUCAGAUCGAAUGUUGUUGUUGUUCAAAUCAACUUACAAAUAAGGUCAGUGAGGUUUUAUAAAACUGUAAUUAUGAUGAUAAUAAUAAAUGAGGAGAUGAUUCAUUA